AUGUCCGAGCGUGGUCGUGGGCGCGGCGGUGGGGGCCGGGGACGCGGAGACUUCAACCUGCCUUCGCACCCGCGUGGCGGUGGGUAUGCUGGCCGCGGCGGUGGCGACAGAGGCGGACGCGGCGGCGGUGACUUCAGAGGAGGCGGCAGAGGAGGAGGAGGUGGGAGAGGCGGAUUUGCGGGACGGGGUCGUGGCGAGCCGAUGGUCUUCAGCCAUGCCCCCGGCGCCCCCGUUCCCGCGCCAGACGAUCGUGUCGCCAAGAUCGAAGCUGCGACCGAAACGUCGCUGAAGGCGGUCAAGUCCAAGGCGGCGUCGAUGCCGUUGCGCCCGGGUUACGGUACCCAGGGUCGCGCCAUCGUGCUGUGGACCAACUACAUGGAGCUGGUCGCUAAAGGCGACCUGCCGCUCUACCGCUACGACAUCGACAUCACCGGCGACCGCGAGCCCAAGGGCAAGAAGAAGAAGCGCGUCAUUGAGAUUCUGCUCGAGGAGAACUUCGCUGCCCACGGCCGCGACAUCACCACCGACUACAAGUCCAACGUCAUCAGCAAGAACCCGCUCGAACUCAACCCCAACGGCUACACCGUCCAGUACCGCGCAGAGGGCGAUGACGAGGCCGACGAAAAUGCCCCCAGGUACCGCGCUCGCCUGCAGCAGACGGGCACCCUGACCGUCUCGGAGCUGGUGUCCUAUCUCACCUCGACCCAGGCCAACGUGCUCCUCGAAUCCAAGGAGCAGAUGAUCCAGGCCCUCAACAUUGUCGUCGGCCACCAUCCGAAGGCCAAUCCAAACAUCGCCUCUGUCGGCGCGAACAAGCACUACAACUUCGCCGCCGCAGGCUCCGAGACCUUCUCUCUGGGCGCCGGCCUGCAGGCCAUCCGCGGAUACUUUGUCAGCGUGCGCGCCGCCGCGGCCCGCAUCCUCGUCAACGUACAGGUCAAGCACGCGGCCUUCUACUCGGCUGGUCCGCUCGAGCGCCUCAUCGAAUCGUACAAAAGCGAAAACGGACCGAACGUGUUCAGACUGGCAAGCUUCCUCAAGAAGGUGUCGGUUGACGUGACGCACAUUGUGCGGAAGAACAAGGCUGGCCAGCGCGUGCGCCGCGUCAAGACCAUCUGCAACUUGGCCUCGCGCGGCGACGGCAGCGGCUUGGAGCACCCGCCUAUCGUGCCGGCCAUGGGGGCUGGCGCCAAGGACGUCCAGUUCUACCUGGAUGCGCCGCCUCAGGGCGGCGCUGGCAAGAAGGGGAAGAAGGCCGCGGCGCCUGCGAAGCCUGCGUCGCAGGGCAAAUACAUCAGCGUCUACGACUUCUUCAAGCAGACGUACAACAUCACCAUCCGGGACCCGAAGAUGCCCGUCGUCAACGUCGGCAGCCGCCAGUUCCCAUCGUACCUGCCCGCGCAGGUCUGCGAGGUCGUGCCGGGGCAGCCGUCGAACGCCAAGCUCACCCCGAGCCAGACGCAGCAGAUGAUCCGCAACGCGGUGCGCAACCCGGCGCUGAACGCCCAGUCCAUCGUCUCUGCGGGCGCGCAGGUGCUGGGCGUGAACCCAACGAACCCAACCCUUAGUGCCUUUGGCAUCGGCAUCACUCCCAAGCUGCUGACGGUCCAGGGCCGCGUGCUCAACAGCCCGGGCAUCAAGUACUCGGGCAACAGGACGGUCAACCCGCGAGCCGGUAGCUGGAACAUGUUGGAUAAGACGCGGUUCUCUGUGCCCGAGAAAUUGCAAUCGUGGACUUGGCUCUGGAUCGCCACGCCUGGCACGGCGAAUCUCUGGACGGAUCCGAAGCAGAUCGUACCCAAGCUCACCGAGUUCCAUGAGAAGCUCAGAGAACUCGGCAUGAACGCCAACAUGUGCAGCCCAGGUAGUCGCAUCAACGUCACCCCAGACAACGCGGAGGCGGUCAUCGACACGAAGAUCCACGAGAUCGUCAACCCUAAAAACCCUGCCAGCCGGCCUAAGCUCAUCCUUGUCAUCAUUCCGCCCAACAACGCCGUCAUCCGCAACCGUGUCAAGUACGCGUGCGACGUCAAGGAGGGCAUCCUCAACGUGUGCGUCAUCGGGGCAAAGUUUGCCAAGGCCAACGACCAGUACAUGGCCAACGUGGCGCUGAAGGUGAACCUCAAGGCGGGCGGGACGAACCAGACGCUGGAGCCGGCGAAGCUGGGCCUGCUGGCCGAGGGCAAGACCAUGGUCGUCGGCAUGGACGUGACGCACCCGUCGCCCGGGUCGGCGAGCAACGCGCCCAGCGUCGUCGGCAUCGUCGCGUCCGUCGACAAGCAGUUUGGCCAGUGGCCCGCCGACCUGCGCAUCCAGACGGCCCGCCGCGAGAUGAUCGACCAGCUGGACGCGCUCAUGCAGCGCCGCCUCAAGCUGUGGGCCGCCCGCAACACCGGCGCCUAUCCCCAGAACAUCCUCGUCUACCGCGACGGCGUCAGCGAGGGCCAGUACCAGCUCGUCCUGGACAACGAACUGCCCGCCAUCCGCGCCGCGUGCAAGGCCCUCUACCCGGCCGCGCAGCAGAAGCAGGGCGUCCCGCGCAUCAGCAUCGUCGUGGUCGGCAAGCGCCACCACACGCGCUUCUACCCCUCGGCAACGGCCGACGCCGACCGCAGCAGCAACCCGCCCAACGGCACCGUCGUCGACCGCGGCGUCACGGAGCAGCGCAACUGGGACUUCUUCCUGCAGGCGCACACGGCGCUGCAGGGCACCGCCCGCCCGGCCCACUACUACGUCGUGCACGACGAGAUAUUCACUUCCCGCGGGGCCGCCGCCGCCGACGCCCUCGAGCAGCUCACGCACAACUUGUGCUAUCUCUUCGGCCGCGCGACCAAGGCCGUCAGCGUCUGCCCCCCGGCCUACUACGCGGACCUGGUCUGCGAGCGCGCGCGCCUCUAUCUCGCGGGCGUGUUUGAUCCGAGUCUGGGGGCGAGCCAGGAGGGCAGCGUUGUUAGCGGUGAGGCUGGGGGGCGCGAGAUUGAUGAGGGCGAGGUGCGGAUUCAUGAGCGCGUGAGGGAUGCUAUGUUCUAUACUUAG